UGAUAUUAUUUCCUCCAAUGUUGACAGCAACAGAAGCAUGGAUUCUCACCGUGACAUAGAGGGCACCCAAGCUGAUCAUUCUGAAAGCAACAACAACAUUUCCAUUCAACAGGUGACUCACAUGAAUCAAAAUACUGCUACAAAGGAGCUAAGCAAGGAAAGUGCUAUGGCCAUGAUAACAGUUACUUCAGAACAACAAAGUCCAGUUUCUGUUCUUGAUCUGCAAUUUUACAGUGAAGACCCACCUUCUCCAAUCAAAAAGAAGACAGAAAUCUCAAAAGAUUUAGAUGAAGCUUUAGCCACUCCUGAUAACAUAGGGCAUGCAUUGGACCUUCCUCUUUCAUUCAAUAACACAAAGGCCAACUUCAGCAAUGGAACCAGUGAUGAUGACCUUCAAACUCAGAAUUUGGAUAAAGUUCUUUGGCAAAAUGACGAUAAUGGCGAGAAAUUCACCAAUUGCAGAGAGAGAAAAGAUUCUGACCGUAAAUACAUAGCAGAAAUAUUGCUCGCAUCAGGGUUGCUCAGUAGCCCCAGCUUAAUCCAGGCAGUUCAUUCACCAGGUCACCUGAUAAACCCAAAGUUGUUCUUUGCACUUGAACUAUUGAAGACAAACAAGCUGCAGUUCAAUAUGAAGCACAAUGCUGGGAAGAUUCUUAGGAUAAAUAAUCUUGAAGAAAUGCAAAGAAAACUCAUAUUUGAUGUUGUCAAUGAGAUUCUAGUACAAAAAAUUAGUGUCUUAAUAUAUGUAUAUUUUGGCUAAAAAAUAAGUUUGAGAUUCUUAAUAUGCAAGGAA